AUGUGUGACAACAAACAAAAUAAGAACAGAAGCAAAGAAGGUUGUCGAAUUUUUGUUGCUCUUCAAAAUGCAGAUAAAAUAAUGAAAGAAAUGCAUCAAUCAUACAAAACUCUGGAAAAGAACAAUCAAGUAACAACAGUGUCCACACUGUGGCCAGAAAAACAAGUGACAUGUUUACCAAAUAAAAAAAAGUUAGCAUUACAGAUGAGACAGCACAUGUUACCUUUCUUCCUGAAGAAAGAAGAGAACGUAAGGCGUGGCUUUGACUUCAGCUUUCUGCUACAGGCCUCGUGUCCAGAAUAUAGCAUUUCAAAAUCACGUAUGGAUUUAGAUGCAUUUCAGAUAAUAAAAGCACAGAUACAACAAAGGUUGAAUAUAACAGUGCUAAAAACCAGCAAUAAGGAAAUUGAGUUUCGUCUGCCACCAGUGACUUCUCAGCCUGUAAGAACAAUUCAACUUGCUCCUCUAGAAGGUAGUGUUGUCAACGAAAGCAUCAACAACAGAAAUAUUUUGAAUAUUAUGAAUUCUAUUGCUCUGCCUAUAAAACCAACUGCUAAAUUUUGUCAGUAUCAAUUAGACAAUCUGUUGCACACUCAGAAGUCAUCAGACCUGACUGUGGUUAGUAUUUCUGAUAAAUUCACUCCAAAAAAAGACCUGUACUCCUUCAGCAUGGAUAAUUGUUGUAAGUAUCCUCAAGACAAGAAAGAAGAAAAUGAAAACAAUUUAAAAUGGAAGGAAGCUGAUGUAGCUACUAAUACUGAAAAGAAUGACCUGAUGAAAUAUCAGCUUUCGGUUACCUGUAAGAAUGUAGAUAUAAUGACACAAGACAGAUUUGGUGAUGAUAGUCAUCCCUACUUGACCUCAGGUGAUAUUCAGAUAAACUGUGGCAUAUUUACAGCCAUAUGUCCUGUAUCAAACAAUGCAGAUAUCUUAAGAGAUGGAAGUAAUGAAAAACCCAUGGAGAAUUCCCUUAGAACUAGUGUAAAAGGAAAUGCUACAGAGAUGAUACUAGAUUCUAGGCCAGAUGAAGAUCCUGAGAGUAUGGACCUUGUACUUGACAAUCAUGAUUUGGAUUUUUCCUGCACACAUGAAAUGAUGGAAGCUUGCCAUGUCUUAGAAGAUCAUUCUGUAACUGAAACAUUUCCCAGAGUAGAAGUGCAAGAUCCUUCUGGAAAGCAAAUGGAAAAUAGCAUUUGUCUCUUAGAAUUUGAAAUAGAAAAAGAACCAAUAUCAGAAGUAACUGCAAAAGAUCAAAGUAAACUUGUACCUCUUGUCCAUGUUACACUCCCUGAACAGGAACCAGCAAGGGAACCACACGUUGCUAAACAACCUACCAGAAAAAAGAGUGUCAUCCGAAGCCUGCCUCCUCAUGCUAGUCAGAGCUUCAACAUUCUUGCCCGCCAAGAAAAUGACAAAAGUAAAAUAAAGGUAAAUAGAAAUAAAUAUUCAUCUAAGUCUAAGAUGAGGAGCAACAUAUCUGAAGACUUAAUUAUUUCUGAUGAGAGUUCCACAAAAUGUAGCACACACAAGAUGAGUGCCAAGAGUCAGAUUUUCCCAACUUUAGAACUGCCACAUACGGAAUCUGAGACUUCUCUAAAGUGUCAGAAGAAGAUACGUCAAGUAGACAGAUACCAUUUUGCCCAGAGCGCUCAGAAGUCUAAAAAGCAAGGAUUACCCUGCAGUUGCAAAAAUGCAGUUAUAUUAAAUAAAUCUGCCACUCCUCUUUCUCUGCCAUGUGCGCAGUCUGCUUCAGGUUUUGUAGAUCUGAAAUACAGUGAUAUGUUCAGGAAAAUAAAUUCAAAUGACAAAGGCCCAGGAAUUUAUGAAAUGUUUGGAACUCCUGUCUAUUCCCACAUACGUGAACUUGAUCAACAUGAGAACAGGUUUUAUAGAGAUGUUUGUUCUGCUCCACCUGCAAGAUGCACUGCUAACACUUGCAAAUCUACCUGCAGUAAAGGAAGAGAGAGUAGCCGAGUAAGAAAUACUCAAAAGAGAAUAUAUUCUAAGCCAAAGAAGACCAUUCCUGACACUAAACGAAAGCAGAAAGGCUUAAUUCUAAAAGGCCAAAGUACGGAGUUGAAUGAUAGCAACGUGGAGCAAGAUAACGUAAUAAUUUCUAGUCCAGAUUGUCCAAUAAAAACUUCAGAGAGCCUAACACUGUUUCAUGAAGACAAGGACCAUCAGCUUCCAGUUUUAGAGGAGUUUUCACGAUCAACUGAGCAAAACAAAAAUUUUUCAAAUUCAAACUUAUCAACUAUUAAGGAAGUCUCUUUGGAGCAGUCUUUAGACUUUCAGGAUGUAUCCAGCAGUCAGAUAUUUGCUACCUGUAAUCAGAGUCUUCCUCAGUUCCAUGAUAAAGAUUCAGAAUGUGUUGCUCUAAAUAGCAGUUUAUUAACAACAGACCAGAACUUAUGUGUACCCCAGCGCAGAGUGGAUAUGGAUGACCGCAGAAGCCCAGAAUCAAAACAGACAUCCUGCAAGACUAUAAAUAAAUGUGAAGCAUUGCCCUCUUCAGAUAGACCAGAAUGUCAAUCCUCUACAAAAGCAUUAAAUCAAAGUUGGGCAGACACACCUCAAAAUAGUAAUUUGCCAAAUGACUUGACUCAGCCUUCAGUGAUUCAGACAACAUUUGUUACAAGCCCCAUUUUCCAGACAAGUCAAAACAUUCUGUCCUGGGCAGAUAAUAAGGACCUGACUGAUGACUUGCUUUGUUGUCUGGCAGCAGAAUUGCUAGUGCUUGAAGAAAAAGACAUCAGCUCUUCAGGAACAAAAAAUGCAGGUCUGAAAGUGCAAAAUACACAUCUUGAAGAAGAAAGAAGCAUGGCGAUUGGAGAUGGCGAGACUGUAAAUUGUGCUCUAAAGAAGCAGAGCUACAGUGAAGCCUUUUUGGCAUCAAAUGAAGAAAGUGAUCUGCUAAACUUUGAAGAAUCUACUAAAUUAUCUGAAAGCAGUUUGACUAACAAGCAACCUAUCAUGUGGACGAGAGGUGAGGUGCUUGGAAAGGGAGCCUAUGGCACGGUGUACUGUGGUCUGACAAGCCAGGGUCAAUUAAUAGCUGUGAAACAGGUUGUUUUGGACACCUCAGAUCAACUGACUACAGAAAAGGAGUAUCAGAAGUUGCAAGAGGAAGUUGAUCUUUUGAAGACAUUGAAUCAUAUCAACAUUGUAACUUAUUUAGGAACUUGUCUGGAAGACAACAUUGUAAGCAUUUUCAUGGAAUUUGUUCCUGGUGGUUCAGUUUCUAGUAUUAUUAAUCGUUUUGGUCCAUUGCCAGAAACUGUCCUUUGUAAAUACACAAAACAAAUUCUACAAGGGGUUGCAUACUUGCAUGACAAUUGUGUGGUACACAGAGAUAUCAAAGGCAAUAAUGUUAUGCUCAUGCCAGAUGGUAUAGUGAAGCUGAUUGACUUUGGCUGUGCCAAGCGUUUAGCUUGGGCAAGCCUCAGUGGCACACACAGUGAGAUGCUGAAGUCUGUUCAUGGGACUCCAUACUGGAUGGCACCAGAAGUUAUUAAUGAGUCUGGAUAUGGAAGAAAAUCAGACAUCUGGAGUGUGGGCUGCACUGUAUUCGAGAUGGCAACGGGAAAACCACCACUGGCCUCCAUGGACAGGGUAGCAGCCAUGUUCUAUAUCGGGGCCCACAGAGGACUGAUGCCUUCCCUGCCUGAUCGAUUCUCCAGAACUGCAGCGGAUUUUGUGCAUGCAUGUCUAACCAGAGAUUAA